AGAUCGGAGAACUGGUAUUGAUGUCCACUGGCACGCACGGCCGUCCCCGGCCCUCGCCCCGCCCGCCCUGCAUCUUUUCCGGCUGGCGCGUCUCCCUCCUCCCCUCCCCCUAGCAAGCUAUCCCAGCCAGGUAUGCCUGUAGGCUCAGCCCCGCCAUAACCCCUCAUUCAUGGCCAUUACCACGAUGUGUCACCCCACGCCACCACCCCCUUCGCUGCUGCCCCCCUAACCCUGCUGCUCGCGCUUUGGAGCUUUGCUUUUGCCCCUCCCCAUUAAUCACUUGCUGGCUCUCUCUCGGCUCGGCGCGCUGCCCUGCCUCCCGUCUCGUGCUCCGCGCUCGUGCCCGCAGCCGCAGCCAUGACGGGGAUCGACCUCAACGACUCCGUGGAGGACGACGAGGAGGAGGCGGAGGCCGGCCACGCCUGCUCCCAGCAGAGCCGGUCCAGCUCCGCCGCCACGGGGACGGGGACCCCGCCGCCACCCCAGCCGGGCCCGGGCGCCGCGGUGUGCGUGUGCCUCGAGCUGUGGCACGCGUGCGCCGGCCCCGUCGCGUCACUGCCGCGGAAGGGCAGCGCCGUGGUGUACCUCCCGCAGGGCCACCUCGAGCACCUCGGCGACGCCGCCUCGGCUGCGGCGGGUGGCGGCGCCGUGCCGCCCCACGUCUUCUGCCGCGUGGUCGACCUCACCCUCCAUGCGGACGCGUCCACGGACGAGGUGUACGCGCAGCUCGCCCUCGUCGCCGAGAACGAGGAGGUCGCGAGGCGGCUGCGCGGAGGGUCGGAGGACGGGAGCGGCGGAGACGGCGACGGCGAGGACGGGGACAACGUGAGGCAGCGGUUCUCGCGGAUGCCGCACAUGUUCUGCAAGACGCUCACGGCGUCCGACACCAGCACGCACGGCGGCUUCUCCGUGCCGCGCCGCGCCGCCGAGGACUGCUUCCCGCCUCUGGAUUACAGCCAGCAGCGGCCGUCGCAGGAACUCGUCGCCAAGGAUUUGCACGGAACCGAGUGGAGGUUCCGCCACAUCUAUCGAGGUCAGCCCCGCAGGCACCUUUUAACCACAGGAUGGAGUGCAUUUGUCAACAAGAAGAAGCUUGUCUCAGGGGACGCCGUACUAUUUCUGAGGGGAGAUGAUGGCGAGCUAAGACUUGGAGUGCGCCGUGCAGCUCAGCUCAAAAAUGGAUCUGCUUUUCCAGCGCUUUAUAAUCAGUGUUCAAAUCUUGGUUCGCUAGCUAACAUAGCACAUGCUGUUGCCACAAAAAGUGUGUUCCAUAUCUACUAUAACCCCAGAUUAAGUCAAUCUGAAUUCAUUAUACCAUAUUCGAAGUUCAUGAAGAGCUUCAGUCAACCAUUUUCUGCUGGAUUGAGGUUCAAAAUGAGAUAUGAGAGUGAUGAUGCUACGGAAAGAAGAUACACGGGGAUCAUAGCAGGAAUUGGCGAUGCUGACCCCAUGUGGCGUGGUUCAAAGUGGAAAUGUUUGAUGGUCAGAUGGGAUGAUGAUGUAGAUUUCCGUCGACCAAACAGGAUUUCUCCUUGGGAGAUUGAGCUGACUAGUUCAGUUUCAGGAUCCCAUCUGUCUGCACCAAAUGCGAAGAGACUGAAACCAUGUCUUCCCCAUGUCAAUCCCGACUACCUAGUUCCAAAUGGAAGUGGUCGUCCUGAUUUUGCGGAAUCUGCCCAAUUCCACAAGGUCUUGCAAGGUCAAGAAUUAUUGGGUUAUAGAACUCGUGACAAUGCUGCUAUUGCUACUUCUCAGUCCUGUGAAGCAAGGAAUAUGCAGUACAUUGAUGAGCGCAGUUGCUCCAAUGAUGCGAGUAACAAUAUCCCGGGGGUUCCGAGACAUGGUGUAAGAACACCACUAGGAAACCCUGGGUUUUCCUACCAUUGCUCAGGCUUUGGGGAGUCUCAAAGAUUCCAAAAGGUCUUGCAAGGUCAAGAAGUAUUUCGUCCCUACCGAGGAACUCUAGCUGAUGCGUGUUUGAGAAAUAAUGCCUUUCAUCAGCAAGAUGGUUAUCAUGCGCCUAGUGUGGCGAAUAAAUGGCACACACAACUUCAUGGAUGUGCUUUUCGUGGGCCACCUGCACCAAUGAAUCCAUCUCAAUCCUCAUUCCCACCAUCAGUCCUAAUGUUUCAACAAGGUAAUUCGAAGAUGGCCCAGUAUGAAUUUGGGCAUGGCCCCUUGGAUAAGAAUGUAGAUGCUAGACCUGCUAUGCUUGGCCAAGCUGGGGGUAUUGGAGGAACUGAGCAAACUUUGUUGCUCCAGCCUCAUCAUGUUUCUGAAGAAGCGAGAAAUAGGCAUGCACCAGUUGAGAAAUUUCACUCUGUUGGGAAGGAGGGAGCAGAUAACAGGGAAGUUAACCCAAAUAGUUGCAAAGUAUUUGGCAUAUCUUUGGCUGAGAAGGUUCCAUCGAGCAAACAAAAGGAAUGUGGUGAUGCCAACUAUCCAUCCCCUUUCCUAUCUUUGAAGCAACAAGUGCCAAAAUCACUGGGCAACAGUUGUGCCACGGUUCAUGAGCAAAGGCCUGUUGUUGGCAGGGUGAUUGAUCUUUCAACCAUGGAUAUGAUGAUCUGAUCUGUUAGUCAAAUUAUCUUGGAGGCGAAGAAAUGCUAGGGCUGCUUUCGUCUUGAUGGACUUUUAUGCUGUGUACUGUGGAUAGUCUCAGGUUGAUGAGUGGGUCUGCUGAAAAAUGUAUGUAUCGAGAAUGCUGAUCAAACUUGUAUCCUAGCUGUAGUGUUAGAGCACUUUGUAUGACAACCUUUAGUGCUCCAUGUUAUCAGCAUUUGUUGCUGCUCAGAACUUGCCUGUAUUCUUAUAAGCUGUAUGCUAUGGCAAACCCAUUUAUAGAGGGUUUGUUUACUUUAGCAUCGAUGUAGACUAAGUAUCAUGAGAACAUAAUUUGCUCGGGGCUGCUUUGCGCCUCCAUCCCGUUUUCAA